ACGCGCCCGCUCCCCCUAAAACACGAACAUGAACUCCCCUGGGUCGAGCAAUGCCCUCAAUCGAUCUAUGCAGGGCCUGUGGUCGAAUCACAGGAAGAGCCGUUUGAACAUCAAUAGCCUGCCGCCCCCCACGCCGGUUACACCGGAAGAAAAGACCACACCCGGACCGUCUGAGCCUCAGGAAGAUCCCAUCGCUACUGCUGCGCCCCCCUCUGUCAAUGGCAAGCGCAAGGUGCGUUCGUCUCGCGGGGACGAGAGCAGCAAGCGCGCGAAGACGUCCUCUACACCGAAGGAGUACGCCAUCCCCACCGCCCGCAUCGCAGAUCUAGGUGGCGUCAAGGAUUGCAUCGAGAAGCUUUUGGAGCUCGUAGCUAUGCCCCUUUGCCAUCCCGAAGUCUACCUCCACACCGGCGUUCAGCCACCUCGAGGCGUCCUCCUUCAUGGGCCUCCAGGUUGCGGAAAGACUCUGCUUGCGCAUGCGAUAGCAGGCGAACUCGGAGUACCCUUCAUUAGCAUAUCUGCUCCUUCUAUUGUAUCCGGCAUGUCUGGAGAAUCGGAGAAGACACUUCGUGACACGUUCGACGAGGCUAAACGCGCUGCACCAUGCCUUCUCUUCAUCGACGAAAUAGACGCCAUUACACCCAAACGAGAGAGCGCCCAGCGCGAAAUGGAGCGUCGGAUUGUUGCGCAAUUCCUGACUUGCAUGGACGACCUCUCGUGGGAGAAGACCGAUAACAAACCCAUCAUCGUCAUGGGUGCCACAAAUCGGCCAGAUUCGCUUGAUGCCGCUCUCCGGAGAGCAGGUCGGUUCGACCAUGAGAUCAGCAUGGGUGUACCCGACGAGGAGGCGAGGGAGCAGAUUCUGAGGGUCCUAUGCGCGAAGCUACGCCUCGAAGGUCAUUUCGACUUCGGCGCGCUGGCGAAGGCCACACCUGGUUACGUCGGUGCCGAUCUCGCAGCCCUCACUGGCGCAGCUGGCAUCAUCGCUGUCAAGCGAAUAUUCAAGACUCUCAGCGAGGGGAAAAUAGAACUGCCUGUCGACCUGGCGCCACAAUCCCAACUGCCUGAGGCGGAAACCCCGCAGGCACCCCCACCAGAGGACGCACCAGCGCCAGCGGAGGGCGAUGACGCGAUGGCCAUUGACGACCCCCAGGCCGAGACUGCUGCACCUGCCACAGAGGCCCCAUUCACCCAGUUCUCAGCCCUUUACCCGACAUCCCUCGCGCGCUUCCUCACCACGCAUCCCGACCCGCUCUCCCCUGCCCAACUCGAGCCGCUCUGCAUCACCCAUGCUGACUUCCGCGCCGCGCUUUCUGAGAUCCAGCCCUCCUCGAAGCGCGAGGGCUUCGCGACCGUGCCCGGCGUGACCUGGGCGGACGUCGGCGCGCUCUCGCGCGUGCGCGGGGAGCUGCAGAUGGCGGUCGUGCAGCCGAUCCGGCGGCCGGACGUCUUCGCGGCGGUGGGCAUCACGCGCGCGGCGGGCGUGCUGCUGUGGGGCCCGCCCGGGUGCGGGAAGACGCUGCUGGCGAGGGCGGUGGCGAACGAGAGCUGCGCGAGCUUUGUGAGCGUCAAGGGUCCGGAGCUCCUGAACAAGUACGUGGGCGAGAGCGAGCGAGCGGUACGGCAGGUGUUUGCGCGUGCGAGGGCAUCGGCGCCUUGCGUCGUGUUCUUCGACGAGUUGGAUGCGCUGGUGCCGAGGCGAGAUGAUAGCAUGUCCGAGUCUUCCGCACGGGUUGUCAACACCCUUCUCACCGAGCUCGACGGUCUCGACUCCCGCGGCGGCGUCUACGUCCUUGGCGCCACCAACCGUCCCGACAUGAUCGACCCCGCCAUGGUCCGCCCCGGCCGCCUCGACAAGCUCCUCUACGUUGAUCUCCCCGACGCCGACGAGCGCGCUGAGAUCAUCUACACCGUUACAAGGAAAGUGCCCCUCGAUCCGGCCUCGCGCCCCGCCGUCGCGGACAUCGUUCGGCAGCGCUGCGACGGGUACAGCGGUGCCGAUCUCGCCGCUGUAUCUCGCGAGGCGGGUGUAGUGGCGCUCAGGAGGGCUCUCGGACGCAUUGAGGAGAUGGAGAGCGCGGACGGUGGCAAGCACGACAACAUCCAGGUGUCGGUCACAGUUGAGGACUUUAGCGAGGCCGUUGAAAAGGUUGGGCCUAGUGUCAGCGCAGCGCAGAGACGGAAGUACGACGCGAUGCGCAACAAGUUCGCUGGUCUUCCAGUGCGGGGUAGGAAGGAAAUGGCACCGGAAAGUGUUGCAGAAGCGUAG